UUUUUUUUUGCUUAAAAUUUCAAAAUCAUUUUACAUUUUGAAAAUUCUAUUAUUUUCUAUGGUUGACUUGAUGCUUCUCCAAUUAGGGUUCAAAACAUAUUCGAGGCAUAAUGUUGCAUUCGCCUCAACUAGUAGAGGUGCAACUACACACUGAAGCUUUCAUAAGGAUGGAAAAUCUCAAAUUUCUAAUAGUUGAGAAUGUACAUAUUUGUAAACCACUUGAAUUUCUUCCCAACAAUUUAGUACUUCUUAAGUGGCCCUAUUAUCCUUUUCAGUUGCCAUUAGAAUAUUUUCCUGAACAACUUGUUGCUAUGGAGAUGCCACAUAGUCGCAUCAAAUUGCCAAAGCUAAUCAAGCAGGAGUGCCGGUUAGGAAAUUUGACAGAUGUCAAUUUUGAAGAUUGUAAAUUUGUUAGGACUUUACCUAAAUUAUGGGUCCCAAAUUUAGGGAACUUGAACCUCUCUUAUUGUAAAAAUUUAGUUAAAUUACCUAAAUUACGGGCCCCAAAUUUAGAGGAUUUGAACCUCUCUGGUUGUGAAAAUUUAGUUGAGAUUGAUGAAUGCUUUGGAUAUCUUGAAAAGCUUAGAAUAUGGGAUCUCAGUGGUUGCUUAAAACUUCAGUUUCUUCCGAGCCAACUCAGGUUGAAAUCUCUUAAAUCUUUUUAUCUUGUUGGCUGCUUAAGGCUUGAGAAGCUCCCCGAUUUUCAUCAAGAAAUGGAAUGUUUAGUGGGUUUAUAUUUAAGUUGGAGUGGUAUUAGAGAGCUGCCUUCAUCAAUCAAGCAUCUCACUAAGCUUAAUAGAUUAUGCCUUUCUAAUUGCAAAAACCUUCAGGAUCUUCCAGAUAGCAUUUAUAAAUUGCAACGCCUUGGGGAAUUGUCGACUUCUACCACCAAAUUGAGACCGACAUGCAAUUCUUUUGAUAGCUCUUCCGAGGGCUAUGAAGAUCUUUUGAUGAAGCCUGAUUACUUCCCCGCAUUGGAAUAUAUUGAUCUAUCUGAAUCCAAUAUUUUUAAUAUUGUUACUGUCCUUGAAAGCAUUUGUUGA